AGAGGCGGCGGCGGCGCCUGAGCGCGGGGUGCGCGGCGGGAGAGGGGGCGACAGAGGCGCGGGGGGCCCGCUCCCCGCCGCACCCUCGGAGCCGCUGUCCCCGCUACCGACUGGUUAUUCUGGAGACGCGAGAGGAAACGAGGGAGCGCGAAGGAGGAGGAGGAGGAGGGAGGAAAAGGGAAAAAAAAAAGGGUGGGGGUGGGCAGCGUUUAAAUCCCUUCCCCCCGCUCCUCGCCGCCUCCAUUCCUCCCUUCAUUCGACCUCCCCUCCGGAGCCGCCGCAGGAACCUGUUGUGCUGCUGGUGCAAGCUCCGUUUCCAGAGGAACUGCUCUUGCCUGUCUCACCUCCCCCGGAGCCGCCGAAGGGGGGUGCGGAGUGUUAAAAAUUUAUGUUUUCAUCAAAUCGGGUCAAGGAGAAUGGGGGUCCUGCACUCAAAAGAAUGAAGACACGACAGAACAAGGACUCGAUGUCAAUGCGGAGUGGACGGAAGAAAGAGACUCCAGGGCCCCGAGAGGAGCUCAGGUCACGGGGUCGAGCUUCCCCAGGGGGCGUCAGCACCUCUAGCAGCGAUGGCAAAGCUGAGAAAUCCCGGCAAGCAACGAAGAAAGGCCGGGUGGAGGAAUCCUGCACACCCAAGGGCAGCAAGCAAGGCCAAACAGAAGAAAUCUCAGAGAGUGAAGGAGAGGACACCAACGCUCCCAAAAAACCCAAAACCGAGGAGCUACCCUGCCCUCCAUCCCCAUCUGAUGUUGACAGCCUUGAUGGCCACAGCUUCAAUGAUGAGAUGAGCAGUGACCCACGGGACAUUGACCAGGAUAACAGGAGCACCUCACCCAGUGUCUACAGCCCGGGCAGUGUGGAGAAUGACUCCGACUCCUCCUCUGUGCUGUCCCAGGGGCCGUCUCACUCCUACCACCACCCUCCGCUCUUCCCCCAGAGCCCGCCAGUAGCUCCCCCUCCCGACAGCCUGGCGCGGCCCCCUGAGCCCAACUUUGGGCUCCCAGGCGAGGUGCACCCUCAGGGACCUCCGGCAGGGAGCUACCACUCCCAGCUGGAGGGACAGGCCUCCCGAAUUUUCCAGCCUCAAGCCCCACAGACACCUGCCUCCUCCUCCUCUGCUGUUGCUGUCCCUCCUGCUCCCCCUUCCUCUUCCUCCUCCUCCUCCUCUUCCUCCUCUUCCUCCUCCUCCUCCUCCACCCACGCUCCUCUUUACCCUACGGCCAAUAUGGUCCAGGUUGGGGCGAAAAUUGCCAGCGGAGUGGGGGGGCUCCCAGCACCAGGAGGUCGUGAGCAGACCCUCAGCACCAAGCACAAUCCACCACCCACAACCCCCAUCUCGCUCGCAUCGGUGGUAGGGGGGCUCCCCCCACAAAAGACACCCCCAGCUAACCCACCGGCCGCUCCCCCAGCUUCAGCUCCUUCCUUUCCCCAUGUCUCUGCCAACCUGCCUCCCCCCCCGGCCCUGCGCCCGCUCAACAACACGGUGGCUGCCUCUAGCUCCCCAGGGAUGGUGGGGCAGGCCCUCAGCGGCCACCUUCCCUCACCUCAUGGGAUGGGGCAGGACAAAGCACCGGCCCUGGCCCCCUCCCGCUACCCCUAUGCCCCACCUCCGCUGCCACCCUCCAGCUCCUCGGCCCAGUACCCCCAGCCCUCGCCAACCCAGCCCCUACCCAGUUAUAGCGCAUCAUACGGCCACUCCUUCCCACCCCCCAGCAGCCUCUCUGUGUCCAGCCAGCCCCCAAAGUACACCCAGCCCUCGCUGCCCUCGCAGCCCGUCUGGAGCCAGGGACCACCCCCUUACAGCCGUCCCUUGGGCAAUGCCGGCUCCCAUCCCGCUGCCCCCUUCCCCGGUCAGCCCCCUCAUCACCAGCAGCCCCCGCAGCAGCACCACCACGGCCAUGGAAGUAGCAGCGGAGGGGUGUCCCCGGCAGCCGCGGCUCCCCCGCAGCCCCCUGGGGGUUACUCCCAUAGCCUGGAGUCCAACAGCCAUCACCCUUCCCACGCGGCCUAUGGGCUGCGCCUCUAUCCUCCCCACAGCCAGGCUGCUUACAGCCAGGCUCCCUCAGCUGCUGCUGCAGCCCCCUCUUCUUCUGCCUCCUCCUCCUCCUCCUCUUCUUCCUCUUCCUCCUCCUCUGCCACCUCUUCCCAGGGAAGCUACCCCAGCAUGUGCAGUCACCCCCCAGGGCAGAGUCCAGCCACCUACACCUUCCCCCCACCGCCACCCCCUUCUCCUGCCCAUGGGGCUGGCCCUCCGGUCACCUCCGCGGCCACCACCCUCUCCACAGUCAUCGCCACCAUGGCCUCCCCCUCCACGGCCCCCUACAAGACCGUCUCUCCCCCAGUUCCCCCCUCAGCUGUCACCCCCUACGGAAAGCGGGCAGCAUCCCCUGUCCCCACCUUCCAGCCCCCGGCCCCCUACAAGCCAGGAUCCCCCCCAGCUUCCUCGGCGGCCACUUUCCGGGCAGCCACUCCUCCUGGCUACCGGGUGGCCUCUUCCCCUGUGGCAGGGGGCUACAAAGCAUCCUCGCCUGCUCCCUCCUCCCAGCCACCCCUGCCAGGGAGCAUGGCUGCUCCAGCUCCCCCACCACCCCCACUCCCCCUCAGUGCUGCACAGAUCAAGCAGGAGCCUUUGGAGGAGUAUGAGCCCCCUGAGAGCCCUGUGCCACCUGCUCGCAGCCCCUCGCCUGCCCCCAAGGUGGUGGAUGUGCCGAGCCAUGCCAGCCAGUCAGCCAGAUUCAACAAACACCUAGACCGUGGCUUCAACUCCUGCUCCCGCACGGAUCUGUACUUUGUGCCCCUCGAUGGCUCUAAGCUGGCCAAGAAAAGAGCAGACUUGGUGGAGAAAGUGCGGCGAGAGGCUGAACAGAAGGCGCGGGAAGAGAAGGAGCGGGAACGGGAGCGGGAGCGAGAGAAGGAGCGGGAGCGGGAGAAGGAGCGGGAGCUGGAGAGGAGUGUGAAGAUGGCCCAGGAAGGCCGGCCGGUUGAGUGCUCGUCCCUCGGGCCGGUUCCCCACCGCCCCUCCUUUGAGCAGGGCAGUGCGGUAGCAACCGUCCCGCCAUACCUGGGCCCUGACACGCCGGCUCUACGCACCCUCAGCGAAUACGCACGGCCCCACGUCAUGUCUCCCAGCAACCGCAACCACCCUUUCUAUGUGCCACUGGGCGCCGUGGACCCCAGCUUGCUGGGGUACAACGUGCCAGCCAUCUACAGCAGCGAUCCGGCAACGCGGGAGAGAGAGCUGAGGGAGCGGGAAGCCCGUGAGCGAGACCUGAGGGACCGGGAUCUGCGUGAGCGUCUGAAGCCCGGCUUCGAAGUCAAGCCGGCUGAGUUGGAGCAGCUCCACGCCGUGCCGACUGCCGCCAUGGAUCCCUUCCCACGCCACGGCGGGUUGAGUCUGCAGACGGCCCCUGGCCUUCAUCCCGCUUUUCCUUUCCACCCAGGGCUGGGCCACUUGGAGCGGGAGAGGCUGGCGCUGGCAGCCGGCCCAACCCUUCGUCCUGACAUGUCCUAUGCCGAGCGCUUGGCGGCUGAGCGCCAGCACGCCGAGCGGGUGGCUGCUCUCAGCAACGACCCUCUGGCCCGGCUGCAGAUGCUUAACGUGACGCCUCAUCAUCAUCAGCAUUCCCACAUCCACUCCCACCUCCAUCUCCACCAGCAGGAUGCUAUACACGCGGCCUCAGCCUCUGUUCACCCUCUUAUUGACCCACUUGCCUCGGGAUCACAUCUCACUCGGAUACCAUACCCAGCUGGAACCAUCCCCAACCCACUCCUGCCUCACCCGCUACAUGAGAAUGAAGUGUUGCGCCAUCAGCUUUUCGCUGCACCCUACAGGGACCUGCCGGGCUCUCUGUCAGCACCCAUGUCGGCAGCACAUCAGCUGCAGGCCAUGCACGCACAGUCAGCUGAGCUGCAGCGCCUGGCUCUGGAGCAGCAGCAGUGGCUGCAUGCCCACCACCCCCUGCACGGCGUGCCGCUCCCCACGCAGGAGGACUACUACAGCCACCUGAAGAAAGAAAGCGACAAACCCCUUUAAAUGGACUCCUACUGUCAACGUGACAUCAUCAUGUCUUUCUCUCAAGAGGAGCAAUCAAUCAACCAAAUCCUGGGGGAGGGGAAGCUGUGGAGUGACACAUCCUGAUCACACCAUGCAGUAGAAUGCAAGAAAAGAGGGACAAAAAGUACAGGAUGGUAUCCUGGGAGGAGAAAGCGGAGGAGAGAAAAUUGGGAGGGACUGAAACAACACUAAGGGACACGAAACAAUCAGUACAAGGUUUCAGCAGGGCUCUGAGGAAAACAGAAUCAGCAUUGCGCAGAGCUCAAAAAGAAAGACUGGUGUGAGUUCAGGGUGGCAGCAGCUCCGUCCUUUGUUUUGAGGGAAGAGUUAUAUCAAAAGCGCAGGGCGUUAAUGGACUUUGCGUAUAUGAUGCCGCUGCAUUUUCUGCUUCUGGGAGGAAGAGGAGGAGGUGCAGCCAAGAAGUAACUCAAAACCCACCAGAGCCUUUUUUCAAGAUGCCUCCUUCUCUCCUCUCCUCUCUCCUCUCCUCUCCUGCCCUCCUUUAGGUGUAAGAUAUGGAAUGAUACGGAAGGCCAACAUGGAACUUUUUCAGAUUAGCCAGAGUGGUUUCCCAUUCUGUAGAUUCCCUUCAGAUGCCAAUGAAGUGUCUGUCACGGGACCCCUUCACUGGCGGCUGCUCCUGCCAGCAGAGGGACUGAUCCCAGCCAUCCGGGUGCAAAGCACGCAGGACUGUCUGCGAGAUGGUGGCUGUGCUUUCCUGCAGCUGACAGGCACGGGCAGGGACACAGGCACAGCCAGGAGGUGCAAAGCACCAGGAGACUUUCCAAGACUGCAAUUGCCACCCGCUCCCGCCUCUUUAUGCCCUGUGGGGAGAGCUGAUCUGGUCAAGAGGUACUGAGUCUUGGGACUGUCUUAAAGAUGUCAGCUGCCCCUUUCCCCUCACCCAUUCUAAUUGAUGUAUUUUAACUCAUGCACAUCCUAUUAGACGUGGCAGUUUUAUGUAGCAACUUGUGACUCCCUUGCCCCUGUGUGCGUGUCUGAUUUCACAGUUGUAUCUCUGAAUUGGUCCCCAUAUAUAUAUUUACUUAACCAUUAAAAGGAAAAAAAAAAAACCCCAAACCAACCAACAACCAACCUAUGGAGAAACACCCAAAUAAAGUUCCCCACGCACUCCCAGCCCCGACACACAUUCUAAUAAUUUAUAUAUAUAAAUAUAUAUAUGAAGCUCUUAAAAAAAAACCCAACCAAAAAAACAACAACAAAAAAAUCC